CGCGCGCUCAGUGGUCGGCAGGACGCCACGCGGCGAGGUUCGUGUCCUACCCUUGCGUCGAAGUCUCCGGGCCGUAUCGGCGCGCACGUGCUCUCUGGGCUGUCCCGACCGCAGCGGGUCGCCGGGAACGCUGUCGGAAGGCUUCCAGGGGAUCGGAAGUGCACUCCGCGGUCCGCGUGACGUCACGCCGCCAUGUGACCCUGAGCGAUGCGGCACGCGGGGUCGACGCAGCAGCGAGCUCUGGUUCCGUCCGCGCGCGCGCUCGAGGUCCCCCUCAACCUCCCCGGCAUGCCGCAGACGUCCAUCCUGAAGAACGGGCCCAACUACAAGGCGCCGGCGAACGGACACGCCAAGGCCAACGGCCACGUCAAGACGAACGGUGUCGCCCAGAAUGGCGGGCCGCCAGGAAGACACUGGGCCAACGGACUGACGAGUCCUACCCGUCCUGACGACAAGCAGUCCACUCUCUCCAGGUACUGGACCACGGAGAGACCCAGGUCGGGCCACUCCAGCUACCAGGCGCUGAGGAGGGCGUGUCGGGAGAGGGGCGUGCUUUUCGAGGACCCCGAGUUCCCGGCGGGUCCGAGGGCGCUGUACCGCCACAAGAAGCCAGGACUGCAGCCUGUCGUCUGGAUGAGGCCGCAGGAGAUGUGCCAGAGACCACAGUUCGCGGCGGAGGACUGCCGGGCGGACAGAGCGAGGUUCGACGUGGAGGCGGGAGAGCUGGGCGACCCUUGGCUGCUGGCGGCGGUGUCUUCGCUCACGCUGACCCCUCGUCUCCUGGACCGCGUGGUGCCCCCCGACCAAGGCUUCGACCCCGCCUCCUACUGCGGCCUCUUCAGGUUCCGCUUCUGGCACUUCGGCGAGUGGCGGGAGGUGGUGGUGGACGACCGGCUGCCUACCCACAAGGGGCGCCUCUUCUUCCUGCGCUCCUCCAACCCCACGGAGUUCUGGGCGGCCCUGCUGGAGAAGGCCUACGCCAAGUUGUACGGCUGCUACGAGACGCUACAGGCGGGCAGCAGCACCAGAGCUCUGCAGGAUCUCACUGGAGGCAUCGUCCAGAGCUUCGGUCUGGCCAGCCAGGACCGCUACCUCACCUUCCAGGUGCUCAACAGCGCCGUGCCUCGUUCCAGCCUGCUCAUCGCCAGCAUCUGCCCGGACAAGGACACCAAGAGGCAGCUGCGACUGCGCAAUGGCGUCAUCACGCAGCACGCCUACAGCGUGACGGGGCUGGCGCGAGUGCGCGGUCCGCUGGGAGAGACGCCGCUGGUGCGCCUGCGCAACCCCUGGGGGCGGGGCGAGUGGACGGGGCCCUGGAGCGAGCGUAGCUGGGAGUGGGACGGCCUGUCCGAGCGAGACAAGGAGUUGCUGAGCGUGCGAGUUCGCAACGACGGCGAGUUCUGGAUGUCGUUCGAGGACUUCGCGCGCCACUUCACGCACCUGGACCUGGUGCACGUGGGGCCCGACGACUGGAUGUCGGAGCCGGCGCUGCACUCCAAGCAGCCGUGGCGCGCCGUGCUGGCGCGGCGGCGGUGGCGCGGCGGCUACAACGCCGGCGGCGGGCCCGCCUACCCGGAGACGACGGCCUGCAACCCGCAGUUCCACAUCCAGAUCCCGCGCGCCGCCGCCAACAAGUGCCACGUGGUGGUGUCGGUGACGCAGCACUACGAGACGGACCCGCGCGCCACGCAGCGACGCAAGCCGCUGCACGCCAUCGGCUUCGCCGUCUACGAGAUCCCGCCCAACACGGCGCGGCUGACGGCGCACUUCGUCGCCGAGCAGAAGCCGCUGGACGUGACGAACCACUCGGUGGCGCGCGAGGUGGCGACCUUCUUCACGCUGCCGCCAGGGGACUACGUGGUGCUGCCGCAGACGCAGGCGCCCGACUGCGACGGCAAGUUCCUGCUGCGAGUGCUCACGGACGAGCACAGCAACAUCUGGGAGGUGAACGACGACAACAUGGUGUUCCGCAACGUCACGUCGGAGUUCUUCGAAGAGGCCGCCGCCAUUCCGGACGGCAAGUCCUUCGUGUCCAAGCUCCUGGUGAAGUACCCGCCCGAGGUGGAUGCAACCCAGCUGCAGAAGAUACUCCGAGGCCACUGGAAGUACUACCUGUCGGAGAAGCCCAGCCUGGAGCUGUGCAAGAGCCUCAUCAUGCUGCGCGACUACAACAUCAGCGGCCGCAUCAACAUCCUCGACAUCCCCGUGCUGAUGCACAUGCUGCAGUUCUGGAGGAUAGCGUUCCAGAAGUUCGACCGCGGCCACGCGGGCAAGACGAGCAGCUACAACCUGCGGCCCCUGCUGUGGGAGUCGGGCAGCACGGCCAGCAACAAGGUGCUCGAGUGCCUGGUGCUCCGCUUCGCCAAGAGCACCGUGCUCACCGCCGAGUGCUUCGUCAUGGCCAUGGUCCGGCUGCACCUCGCGCACGAGAGAUACCACAGUUUAGAUACCAAGAUGAAGAGCAACCCCAUAUCACUUGAGGAGAUGAUUUUGAUGACCAUCUACUCUUGACACUGACGGUGGUCUCCCGAUCCUGUGCCCUUGAAGGAAACUCUGGGUUCCAAACCAAAGAUAGUCCCUUUCAGACAUUCCAUGUAUCAUUAUGUACAGUAAUCACAUGCUAAAACAUUAUUUGUAUAAACAUGUAAUAGCUAUAAAAUAUUUCAUUUAUAUUAGACAUGUAAAUAAAAACUUCUUGUUGAUUUUAA